UUUAGGUGUUCUAUGCUACUGUUUCUAGAAGCACUCAAUUGAGUGACAAAAUCUGGCAGUAAAAAAUAUUUUUCCAACUAAUAUACCUAAUAUCUGGUCUAAAUGAUUCUAAACGCUUAAAUUAAUGUGUAACCAAACACGCUUUCAAUUAAGAAGCACGAUAUAGUAAUAACUUGUGAAUGGAAUGCAUAUGAAAGUGGGGGUUAAUAUGACAUGUCAGUCAUUUGCAUAAAAUGGAGUUGGAUAUGUGAUGUUUUUGUGGAGUGUAAACAAUUUUCAAUUACUUAAAGUUUUUAGAGAAUAAUAACGUACUAGAUAGUAGCAGCCGGACUCAAUCUUGCGUAUACUUUACGGUUAUAGUCAAAUAAAUACCGAAACAUGGACGAAUUGGGCGUUACAAAACGACUACCGAAUAAAUUUGUUACACAUUUGGAAUAGAGGUGAGCAGCUACCUGUUGAUCUUUGGAUCACCGAAUAUGUGUGCAUUAUGCCCACAACUUCAAGUAAAAUGCGAAUCUAUUAGUGUUUGAAGGAAGUAUAUACGCCGUUUCAGUACUUUCUCACAUGUUGCAACAAAGAAUGCUAAAGUGGGAGUAGGCUAAUCCAAAGCUAUAGCUUGAACACGUUCUUAAGCUAUAUUUUAUCUUUCAGCCUCUAAAAGAAGUCGGCCAGCAAACUCCAGUGGGUCUAAUGGUGCAGAAACAGAGAAUUAGCAAUAUGACCUCUGAGCAACCGUUGAAGAAAAAGUUGAGAAGAGGUACAGAUUCCGAGACAGAUGAACCUGAUUUCAUUCACAGCAUCUCGGAAAGCAACGUGAACAGUGAGCUGCAAGCCUUACAUCUUUCUCUACCACCCACUGUGAACGAAGAUGACAUCACCAAGAACAAUGUCAACUUGCAGUUGCACAGUGAAAUGUCAGCGUACAGGACUACUGAAAGUGCGGACAGUAACAGUGACAAUAGUGAACAUGUGCCAAGCAAACCUGCUCCAGAUAUAAUAACAUCAACAAGGUUACAGAGCGCUCCAUUGCCUCCGAAUGGAACGUUAAAAUCAAGCACGCAGCUCAUGAGAGCUACCAACCAUGAUAGAUUCAAUAGUGAUAGUGAUAGUCAUGUUAUUAGUGAAUAUAUGCAACAGCAUUUGAUAACACAUGAAAGAGUAGGCGAAAAUCAAAAUAUCUCUAGUGAAGAAAUCGAUGAGUACGGUCUAGAUAAUUUCCAAAGGCAUCUGAUAAGUCAAUGCUUGUGUGGGGUCCCUGAAGCUGUUUUAAGGAAACCUUUUGAGGGAAAGCAAAUAAACGACUGUGGCGAAGUCCGAACUGCAAUGCUGUCGGAAUGGUCUACAAAAAAAGUGUUGCAGUUCCUCUCGAACUUACAACUGCUGUUUGAUGUAUACCUGAAGCAAAACAACAAGGGGUACAUUUGUUCGAGGAUAGUUACGAUAUGCGAUGCCAUCAUUUGCAAUGAGUACAACCUUAUAGAGCAAAUUAUAUCCCUAUGCGAAUUGAGGAAUCAGUACAUCAACUUUUUGGCUGCCAAGGUUCUAAGUAGCUUUCUCAUCAUUGCCAAGACGAACAUCAACAACGAAUGGCUGGAAUCGAUCGUGAAUUUUCUCACAAUGGAAAAUAUUGAUUAUGUGAAGAUGAAAUUUGCGUUAGAGAUUGUGAAACGUGUGGUUGAAUGGAAAGACAUCGAGAUACACGUGCUGGAGGAAAGCGAAUGUCGAGAUGGACCUGGAAGUAGUUCCCAGGAGGUCGUCGAGAAUGUGAAUUGCACGACAGUGCCUUUCAGUGAUCCUGAAAGCUACGAUACCUCGGCUAUCAAAGGGUUGAUUAUCAAAAGCUUGGAGUCCAGAUGGCCAGAGCUAAUACACAAAAUCAGAGGUCUCAUUCUCCAUAGCAGUUCAAUAACAGGUGUUUCGAUAGUACAAGCACAGGCAUGUGUCUUGGCCUUUUUGGCUCUGUGGGAGAGCACAAUUUCUGUCAAAGCCAACUUGAGUGUGAUCGAUACAAAGCCAUUCUACGCGCAUCUGGAGCUUUUUGUGGGUCUGUUGGGUGCCAGGUUAAGUGCGGUAGUAUGGAAGCAACUGCUUUCUCUGUUCAACGAGGUGCUGUGUUAUGGGAGCACUCUGGCACUGCAAGAUGUUUUGCCUGAUGAUACAUGCCAACUGGCACAUCUUAUUGUGAGAUAUGUCAAAGACUACCGUCUUCUGGACAACUUGCCGUUUCGUCGAAAUGAGGGGGGCACAGCAACAGUGGUGAAUAGUUUCGUAGGGGCUGUACACAGUCCUCAUUCUGCAGGCGGCAGCUGUAACGUGGACAAGACCUUGCUACAAAAAAUGGUGCUGCUUGUGCUGAAAUCGGUCGCAAUAACGGUGAAAGAGACGAGGUCGGACAGUUCAGAUAGCAGCGUUGGAUCAGACGAUUCCGACUUUCAUCAGGAUAUGCAGUUGAUCGAAAGGUCGAUACGGGACGUGUUGAGGAAAGUGGAGACGUUUGUGAAGAACGGUUUGGAUUUCCAUCCUGAAACGCCGUUUCCGAAGGUGCUGGUUCGCCUGUUUGAAGAUCAAGACGACUACAUGAUAGAGUCGAUGGUUUGCACCCUAGACGUUACCGUAGGCAUAUCGUUCAGGCGGAGAGACGCCGUCUUUCCAGAUCUGCUGGGCAUGCUGGAUCCGGUUCGGUCGUUUUGCGAAUUUUUGGCUGCUGUUGGGCAUGACCCAGACGUACUAUUGGACUAUCUGGUGAGUAACGAGACGUGCUUCCUCUUAUACCUGCUGCGCCUGCUGAAGCACGCGAAGCGCGACUGGGCCCGUUUUGUAGGCGGUUGUGUCGACAGUUCCGGUUUGGACGACACCAUGACCGUUCUGAUCAGGCUCAAGACACAAAUCGGUCGACUAGUGUCCAAGGACUUGUUCCCGUACAAUAUCACGCCCGUUCUGCGAUUGUUGGAGACGUGCGAGAACUUGUACGAGGGUAACGAGUUCAGCUGAUGACAGGUAGAGGCGUACGUUUGUUUCAGUCAGUUCCAGCAUCUACCAGUUUCUAUUUGAAUAUCAUCCAUUUAUUUUGUGCUCAGUUGCUUUAAGCAUUGUAAGUUGAAAUUACACUACUCAAAAAAAUUAAGGCAGCGUGAAAAAUUUUUCUGUGUUCUUUCACAGGCUGUAUUUUGGUAAAAAAUGAUCGUAUCUAGACUUAAAAAAAAGCAUUUUGUAGCUUCAAGUUUCUAGUUUUCAGAUUGUUUAGCAGAAAAUUUUUAGGAGCAACGGUUCUCAUGCAGUUUUAGCAGAUGGCGCAAGAAAAUUUGUUUGCAAAGUGUUUGCCUUUUAUUUCUCCGUCCACGGCUUGAAACAAUUUUUUUCUGUUAAGCUAGCAUAUGGAUCAAAUAGAUCGUUUAUUCAGCAUCAAUACCCUGUUUUUAAAAUAGCGAUGCUAUAAUUUGGCGCGGAGAUAUCUGGAUUUGAACGAAAAAGGAUCCUUUUGUCAACGACCACCAAUAUCUCGAUAACCAGUGAUCACACCAAAAACUGAGACAAAUCCACUGUAAGAUUUCAUUGCAAUUUUUGAGGAAAAUGUAAGGGUACUGCAUUUUCUGUGCGAUCACUGAUUAUCGAGAUAUCGGUGAUCGAUGACAAAAGGAUCCUUUCUCGUUCAAAGUCGAAUAUCCCCGCGCUAAAUGAUCGCAUAGAGAUUUUAAAAAUAAUAUAUUGAAGCUGAACAAACUGACUUUUUGAUCCAUAUGAUGGCGUAAAAGAAAAAAAAUUGUUUAAGUUGUGGACGAAAAAAAGAUCAAAUACAGUGAAAGCUCCCAUAAGCGGACACUCACGAUUCCGUAACUUUUGUCCGCUUAUGGGAGGUGUACCGUUUAAAAGAGAGUAUGUAAGUAUAGAGUAUAAAUAACGGGGUAUAUAAUCAUGAGGACAUGAGGUAUUAUAAUCAUGAGAAAAAUGAAACAGAAACUCGCCACAUUUUUAAAGUAUGUAUUUAUGCUAUAUAUCUAUAUAAUAUAUGUACAUAUACGCAUACAAAAACAUAAAUGCUUCAAUACAUGGUACGAGAAUUUAAAAAAAACAUUAUUCUUUAGCUUGUUGAAAAAAGUUUAAAAUGGUUGUCUGACGAAAUUUCACCAUCUUUUGCUGAAGGAGACAAUUUUCGUAAUAACUUUCUAAAUUUUUCAAAUGUUGAAAUGCAGUGAAAUCAUCUUUAGCAAAUUUUUUUAAUAUAGAAAUAUGAUUUAGAGCUUCCCCAUAUAAAUUUAUCGUUUUUGAACCAAUUAGUGAGUCCACCAGUUCCACUUCUUCUUCUGAGUCGUUUGGACUACCAUAUUCAAGUUGGCCUGGGCUUUCUACAUCCAAAUUCGAAAAGUUGCCAAUGGCAUUUUCUUCUGUUGUUAUGUUAUUGUCUAUGGCCAGGAAAUCAUCUACUUUCUGGGGAUAUGCUACUCCUAAAUGUUUGGCAUGUCGCAGUAACUGAGCAAGUGUCGCUAAGGGCAGAUCGUCUUCAGCAUCGCAAUAAUUUUGCUCAGCAAAUUCUGAGCUACAUUCACUUUUUCUGAAUCCAGCUUUGCCAAAAGUUUUUAAUUGUAGAGGAAUUUACUUUAUUCCAUGCUGUUUUUAUAAAAUACAAAGCUUCUAACACAUUGAUAGACUUUGUAAGCUCAGAUAAGCUUUGACCAUCGUCAAUUUUUGUUAAAAUAUGUUUUAAAAUCAAGUGCCGAUAAUAAAAUUUAAAGUUCUGUAAGACACCUUGAUCCAUGGGCUGACAAACAGAAGUUGUGUUUGGCGGUAAAAAUAUAAUUUUCACAUUUUUCAUUUUCGUAUCACGAGGAUGAGAGCAUGCAUUGUCUAAAAAUAAAAGAACUUGCCUUUUUUGGAUUCUCAUUUUCCGGUCGAAUUCGACUAACCACUCAGACAUGAUUUUUCGGGUCAUCCAUGCCUUUUUGUUGGAUUUCCAAGUCGCUGGUAGAUCCUUAAUAGCAACGUUUUUUAAAGCACGGGGACGAGCCGCUUUCCCGAUCACAAUCAAAUCGCAUUUUUCACCGGCCAUAUUUGCACAGAAUAAAAUGGUUAGUCUAUCUUUAGACAACUUUCCACCCACACAUGUUUCUCCUUUAAAGGACAGAGUUUUGUCGGGCAAUGCGCGAAAAAAAAGUCCACUCUCAUCUGCGUUGUACACAUCUUCUGGUUUGUAGCCAAGCAACAUGGACGGAAGUUUCUCCAAAAAUUGUGACACAUCAACUUGAUCUACUGCAGCAGCUUCGCCAGAUAUGCAUUUGAAACUCACACUAUGUCUCUUGCGCCACUUUUGCAGCCACCCGUCGGACGCACUGAAAUUGUUAUGGCCCAAAGUAGUGGCGAUUUCUUUAGCUUUCAUUUUCACUAACGGCCCUGAGAUUGGAAUGUUCUGACUUCUAGCUUUCACAAACCACUCAAAACAUGUUUUGUCUAUAGCAAAACCUUCCUUUUUUAAAAAAUCCUUCUUUUGAUUUAUAUUAGUUCCUGAUUGCCAUUUACUCCUGAUAUCUUCCUUAUUUUUGGCAAUUUCAGCUGCUUGCGUUUUCCCAAUAUUAAACCUCUUUGCCAAAUGACGAACUGAAACACUUUCUCUGUCUAAUACGUUAACAACUUCCAUCUUUUCCUUUAACGAGAGCAUCCUUUUUUUGGUGCCAUUUUACAGUUACAAUAAUAAAAUACGUAACUCAAUCAACUACGAAUUUGCCUGAACUGAAGACAAUCCACAAGAUUACAUACAGGCUACCCAACGAAAUGCGUAAAUGGGGAAUCACCUAAUAUAAAUCGGG